AUGACUACUGUCUACACAGUCCCAGAGUUCAACCACACCUGGACCCACCACCAGGCCAAAAGUGAAGAGAUGCGACGGAUGAUACCGCUCUACUAUUGCGCUAUAGAUAGGUAUCCGGAGUUGGAGGCGCUUAAAGCCGCGCCCCACUACGCCAUCAAGGACCGUACCCUGUACGGCACUACGGGAGUCUUUUUCGCUCAUUACGGUGUGUCCUGGGACAAAACGGUACAAUUCUGA